GAGAGGAACCGGGAGGCCGCGAGGGACGGGGGCCCCGGUACCGUUGCUGGAAGUGGGUGGCGAUGCGGCGGCGUCAGGAGGGCGCGGGGGGCCGGCACCGGCGGGCCCAAGCGAGGGGACGGAGAAGAGCGGAGGAGGAAGCAGCAGCGGUUGAGUGGCCCCUGCGCAGGAGCUCCGAGCAGCGCCUCGGGAGCCUGCAGUUAGCGGAGGACGAAAGCUCGGGUGACAGCAGCGAUGGAGACGACAGCGAAAGCUCCGCGGGGGCCGAGGGCGCGGGCAGCGGCACGGAGGAGGUGGCGGGAUCUCUCGGGGGAGAUCAGUGUUACAUGUCUUUUGAGGAACUACUGCAGGUGCAGAGCAGUACGAGAACAAGAGUGUGCAAGAAGGUGACUAGUGGGAAGAAAACUUCAAAAUCUACCAAAGCUACAGUGAAGCAGCAACAAGGCAAAAAAGGGCCAUUGGAGAUGUCUGCCAAGAAGCGUGUACCUUUUUUGCGACAAGUUGUCUCUGUUACAAAGAAGGUCCACAGAGACCCUCGAUUUGAUGACUUGUCUGGAGAGUAUAAGCCUGAAAUAUUUAUGAAGACGUACAGCUUCCUGGAUAGCAUCAAGAAGCAGGAGAAGGAGAUGGUUCAGAAGCAGCUGAAAAAAUGUCGGAAUAUGGAGCAGAAAGAGAAACUCCAGCAACUCCUGAACCGCAUGACACAGCAAGAACAGGCACAGAAAAAACAGCAGAAAUUGAGGGAGAGGGAGCUAUCUUUGAAGAGACAACAGAGGGAAUUGGCCAAGCAGGGAAAGAAACCCUUCUUCCUAAAGAAAUCUGAGAAGCGGAAAUUGGAACUUGCCGAGAAGUAUGCAGAGCUGAAGAGGAGUGGAAAGCUGGAGAGCUUCCUGAGCAAGAAGAGGAAGAGGAAUGCCAUCAAAGACAAGCGCCGUCUGCCCUCACAGAAGAACUUGUGACUGCAGACAUGCUGUUGUCUGGCACAGGGUCCUACUCUGUCCCAGCUAAGCCUGGAAGAUGGGACAUUCGUCUUCCAAGUACCUGCCUUUCACUGUACAGUGAUACUCCUGUAACAGGACCAGAGCAGAGACUGAACUGAAGGAUGUAAUGCUUUUUGUAGCUGUAAUAUCCUCUUCACUUAUGGUAACAAGUCUGUCAUGCAUAUCUACAUGGUGCGUGCAAAGAGUUGUGCCUGUCCUUACAUAUGCUCAUCUCUUCUUCUAGGUAGGAGAGGACAAGCCCUACCCUACUCUAAUUUCUACCAGACACCAACUGGGAGGUGGGAAAGGACCUCGGGGGGAGGGCUCUAGUACCAUAACUGCAGAGCAGGCCUAGCACUGACUUCAGACCAGGGUGCCCAGGGCUUCUUCAGCUGGGUCUGGGAAUGCCCAAGAUGCAAACACCUGUCUUAGGCUCUGCUCCCGUGCUUCAAGUUCUGAAGAUUAAACUUCUUCUCCACCCUAAAACUAGGUUUUGGUCUGUAGCAUUGUCUUGUUCUCAGCAAAGUGCCUGACUCAGUCUUCUCAGUAGCCUUGUCAGGUCUGGGGUGUGAGUGAGAAAGGGGUGCUGUUAGGUGUCCCCAAAGCCUUCUCUUUCUGAGGGUGAAUAAACUGUGUUCCCUCAGCCUUUCCAUGCAUCAGUCCAGCCUCUGACAACUUUCACAUUCUCAACUGGAGUCAGCCCAGACGACCAACAUCUUCUGACUGCCCAAUCUGGAUGCAGUAUCUGGAUCUAGUCUCACAAGUGAAGGAGAGAUGAUCCACCCUUCUGUGUGGGUCCCACCAUAGUGAUGCAGACCCUACUCUGGUUCAACUUCCUUGAAUCCAGGGCACACUGCUCAGGGCUCAGUGCUUGGGUGCUGCUGUCUGGGAUCUCUCCAGCAGGGCUGCCUCUCUUCUUGGCUUCUCAAGGUGUGAUGUGGGGCUACUAGUGCUUCUAGGAAACUGAUUCUGUAGGAAAUAAAAUACCUCAGCUUCCCU